AUGGCCGAACUGCUAGAACCGUCCAAUAAUUUCGUGGAAUUCGUACAUGUAGAGAAGGACAGAUACAACAGUUUUCGGGAAGCGGUAACGUUGUCUGAAUCACGAGGCAGUGGUAAGGACAUAGCGCCAUGCGAUAUUCCCGCGCAAUUUAACAACACCUUUCCUAGAAUACUACACUGAAUAAAUGGUAGAAUUUACCGUUCAAGUUGGGCGUGUACUGUCAAUCGUAACCUCGACGGGAGACAAGAUCGAGAUUCGUUGCGCAAAGUAA